AUGGGAAUGGAUGGCGCUAGGGACAGUAGGGAUGAUCGCCGUGUGAGUGGGUGGAGGAGCAGUGAAGCGGGGCAAGCGGGGGAAGGGAGGGAGAAGAAGCGCGUGCCGCGGGUGGUGCGGACGGCGUGGGUCCAAUGCGACGACGCUAAGUGCAAGAAAUGGCGGCGAGUGCCGAUGCAAAUUGCACGAGCUAUGAGCAGCAGCGAUGCGAGAUGGUUUUGUCGCAUGAAUCCUGAUCCCGCCUUCGCCAGCUGUCGCGUUCCGCAGGAAAGCGACGACGCGAACGACAACGACGACGCCGAGGACGACGACGAAGCGGAGCAGGAUACGCGGGGGACAGACGGCGCAGGGGGGAGCAACAGCAGGGGCGAGAGGGAGGUGGGCGCGCGGAAAGAGCAGGGUGGGGGGGAGGGAAGGGGGCAUGGGGGCGAAGCGGACGGCGGCGGGGGAGGGGCGGCGGAGUGGAGCAGCGCGAGCGAGUGCAGCAGCGAGUGCAGCGACGGCGACGGCAGCGUCGCAAUCCAAUUCUCCGACUCCGACGAUGACCCCGACCCGGGCGACGACGACGCGCAGUGCGCGCCGUGGCGCGGCGCGGAUAGCGCGCACGGCGGGCGCGGAGGGGAGGUGCCGUGGUGGCAGUGGGGGAGCAGCGGGAACGGCCGGCUUGGGGGAGGCGCGUCAGGGCGGGGGAAGGCGGGGCCUGGGAGGGGAGGGGGGAGAGGUGCUGGAGGGGUGGGCGGAAGCUGGGGCGCGGUCAUGGGGGGACCGGGGAAGCCCACCGUGCCUCCGCCUCGCCUUGUGGGGUCGGGGAAGCGCGCGUGGAUCCGCAUCGUGGAGAACGAGUACCUGCACCGCCGGCCCAAGCUGCAGCGCACCGACGAGGUGCUGGUGUGCCAGUGCGUGCCGCCACCGCCCGGGAGGCGAGAGAAGGGGUGCGGGGAGGCGUGUUUGAACCGCCUGGUCAGCAUCGAGUGCCAGCCCAAGCUCUGCCCCUGCGGUGCUGCCUGCGCCAACCAGCAGUUCCAGCAGCGGCGGUACGUGAAGGUGGAGAUAGCGCGGUACGGCCGCAAGGGGUACGGCGUGCGGGCGCGGCAGGCAGUGGCAGCGGGGCAGUUCAUAGUGGAGUACGUGGGGGAGGUGCUCAACCGCAAGGCGUUUGCUGUUCGGCUUGAGGAAUACAGGCGCGCCAAGCAGCGCCAUUACUACUUCAUGACGCUCAACAACAGCGAGGCGGUGGCAGCGGGGCAGUUCAUAGUGGAGUACGUGGGGGAGGUGCUCAACCGCAAGGCGUUUGCCGUGCGCCUCGAGGAGUACAGGCGCGCCAAGCAGCGCCACUACUACUUCAUGACGCUCAACAACAGCGAGGCAGUGGCGGCGGGGCAGUUCAUAGUGGAGUACGUGGGCGAGGUGCUCAACCGCAAGGCGUUUGCCGUGCGCCUCGAGGAGUACAGGCGCGCCAAGCAGCGCCACUACUACUUCAUGACGCUCAACAACAGCGAGGCGGUGGCAGCGGGACAGUUCAUAGUGGAGUACGUGGGGGAGGUGCUCAACCGCAAGGCGUUUGCCGUGCGCCUGGAGGAGUACAGGCGCGCCAAGCAGCGCCGCUACUACUUCAUGACCCUCAACAACAGCGAGGCGGUGGCAACGGGGCAGUUCAUAGUGGAGUACGUGGGGGAGGUGCUCAACCGCAAGGCGUUUGCCGUGCGCCUCGAGGAGUACAGGCGCGCCAAGCAGCGCCACUACUACUUCAUGACGCUCAACAACAGCGAGGUGAUAGACGCGUGCCGCAAGGGCAACUUCUCGCGCUUCCUCAACCACAGCUGCGAGCCCAACUGCUGCCUUGAGAAGUGGAUGGUGCGGGGCGAGCUGCGCAUCGGUCUCUUCUCCCUGCGACCCAUCAAAGCGGUGAGUCCCCUCCUCCUCCUCCCCUGCCCCUGUUCCUGCCGUUGCUCCUGCCCGUGUUGCCUUGGCGAGGAGCUAUCAUUCGAUUAUAACUACGAGCGCUUUGUGGGUGCGCGCCCCACGCGCUGCUACUGCGGCAGCCAGUCGUGCCGGGGCGUGCUGGGCGGAGCUGAGCUCAAGAAGCCUCGGGUGCGCCCUGCUGUGCAGCGAGCUGUGGCAGAGGAGGUGGAGGAGGAGGAGGAGGAAGAUGAGGAGGAGGAAGCAGUGGGAGGGGGAGACGGGGAGGGGAGGGAGGGGCAGCAGAUGGUGGUUAGUGAGAGGGGGAUUGGGCUGGGCAGGGAGUGUGAGGCGGAGGAGGAGGAAGACUCAGAGAGUGAGAGUGACGACGGGAGUGACAGCGAGAGUGGGAGUGAGGGUGAGGGGGAGAGUGAGUCGGGGAGCGAGAGUGAGUGGGAGGAGGUGUACGGGUCAGGGGAGGGGAGUGAGGAGGAGUGCGGAUACAGACAUGAGAUGGUGAGUGGGAGCGGGGGCAUGACAGGUAUGGGAGGGAUCAGGCGAGAUGGCGUGCAUGUGGGUGGGGAGGGAAGGGAUGGAGAGGCGGGGAGUGGGGGCGAGAGGGGAGCAGGUGCGCGCCUAGCCUGGGAGGGCAAGCGGGCGAGGUCCCGCCUGACCCUCCCCCACCCCAGGUCUCUCCGCCCUGCGCUGUCCCCCUGGCUCCUCUCGUCCCCGCGCUCCCCCCCCGCCCAUGCGCGCCCCCUCCCAUCCCCCUCUGCGCGCCCUGGAUCUCUCCAGGGAGGGGCUGCUGCAGGGCGCGAGGGGAGGGGCGCGCAGGGGGGGGCGGGCGGGCUGGGGGCAACACAUGGGUGGGGGACGCAGCAGGGGGAGAGGGAGGGGCGGGGCGGGGAGGAUGAAGGGGAGGGGGAGCGGGCGUGGUUUGAAGGGGACGAAGAGGAGGGGGAUGGGGAUGGGGAACGGGAAGGGGAGGGGGAGGGGGAAGCAUGUGUGGAGGAUGGGGAGGGGGGCGUGCGGCAUGGCAAGAGGCGGAGGCUGCGGAAGGUGGCAGGUCUGGGAGAGAGGGUGUGGCGACAGGCGGGAGAGAGGGGCGGGGAGAGGGAGGAGGGGAGCAGGGAGGCGUGGGGGGGCGAGGAGAGCGGGGCACACGGGCAUGGGUUUGACCUGGUGGCGGAUGCAGCAGGGGGGGGAGCGGGGGCGGGGGAGGUGCAGGCAGCGCCGGCGGAAUAUGUGGUGGCGGCAUGUCAGGGGGUGCUCUUUCACUCCGAUGUGGAGGAGGCGUUGGAGUUGCUACUGGAUGGCAAUGACGCUCUCAUCAAGGGCAAGAGCACGGCACGAUCCUUUGUGCGCCUGCUAAUGCGCGCCACCUCCUGUGGCGACUUCUCCUCAGGUGUCCCCAACUUCAGUGCCAAGGAGGUGUCGCUGCUACUGGAGGCGCUGCUGCGCACCUCAUCAAGGACACUGCUGAAGCACAUCAUCGCCACCAAUGGAUUGAACGUUCUGCAAAUCCUGGCGCGCAAGCUGCAGCACGAGAGGGAGCGAGUGGCCAUUCUGAGGAAGCUGCUGCGCGUGGCACACCACCUGCACGCCACCGCUGCCCUCUCCCUGCAGGCCGCGCAUGCCGUCCCGCCCACUGCCAAUGAGAGCGCCGCCGCCGCCGCCGCCGCUGCCGCCACGCCUGCUGCCAAGCCUUCCGCUCCUUCCCACCCGCAUGCCCCCUCCGCUGCCCCCUCUGCCCCGGCUGCUGCUCCCCCUGUGCCCGCUUCCCCCCCUGCUGUGCCACAUGCUGUUCCACCCCUUGCAACUCCUUCCUCCUCUCCCACCAAGCUCCCGGCCUCGCUGCCUACUGAUUACCCACUCCCUGCUGCUUCUUCCUCGCCCACGCCGCCAUCACCCUUUCCCAAGCUCUCGUCCCAUCAUGCCCCCCAGCACGCCCCUCAGCCCGUCUGCCAGCCGCACUCGGCGCCCUUCACCAGCCCUGCACGCUGCCCUGCACCUGCUGCCGCUUCUGCUGCCUCCAAGGGGGCGAAGAGGCGGCAGGCAUGGAGGAACGUGGGAAGGGAGAAUGGAUUGGAGAAGGGGAGGGAGACGGGAGGGGAAAACGGAGUGGAGAAGGGAGGGCAGAAGGGAGGAGAGGGCCAAGCGAGUGUGGAUGGAGUGGGCAAGAACGUCCCAGAGCCUGCAUUGGCAGUUGCGGCUGCUGAUGCUCCUCUUCCUGCCGACUCUGCUGCUGGUGAUAUUCUUGCAGCGGUUGACACAGAGAGUGGAGAAGAGAUGGGAGGGUCGGCAGCAGUGGCAGCAGCGCCUGUGCCCGCACACCAACCACCUCCCUCGUGCCCUGCAGUUUUUGAGUCGUCUGAAAGGUCACCCUCGUCCCCUGCUGCCCUGCCCACAGCGCUUGUGGCGGGCAGUGCGGGCAGCACAUGGCAUGGUGCCGUGGUGCAUGCAGCAGCAUCAGGUGCAGCAUGCAGUGUGCCACCCCAUGACACGUGGCAUGCUGCAGCAUCAACUGCUGGUCAUGCCUUGGAUAUUUUCCCUGGCGCCACCGCCCUCUCAUUCGCCUCCGCUGCUCCUGCUGCUGCUGCUGCUGCUGCGGCUGCUGGGGCUUGUGUUAAGGUGGAAGGCAGUGCGACAGCAGCAGAGGCGGCGGGGGGGAAGCGGGGAGAGGAGGGCAUGGCAGGGACGUGGAGGAGAGCCAUGGUUGCAGGAGAUGGUGAUGCAGCGGCAGGGAGCAGGGCAGUGGCGGCACCAGCAUGGGCAAGUGGUGCAGGUGGGUUGGCCGCGGUUCCUGAAGGUGAAGCAGCGGCUGCUCGUGCUGUGCCCGUGCCGCCCCGCCCUCUGUUCAAGUGGGUGGUGAAGGAAAUCCCCGUGCCUGCUGAUGUGCAUGAAAAUGUGCAUGCAGACGGGCAUGCGGGCACGCAGGGGGCCGUGCAUGGGGGUGUGCGGGCAGGUGAUGUGGCUGGUGCUCUCGCAAAUGGGGGCGUGAGGGAUAGUGGCAUUGGCAGUGGGGGCAUGGGUGGUGGGGCAAUGGGUGGUGCAGGCAUGGGCGAUGGGGAGGGCACACGGGAUGGACUGGGGAGUGUUGGAAUGGCGUGGGGUGGGGGAACGGGGUGGGGGGGGAGAUUGGGCGGAAUUUGGAAUUGGGGAGGAGCACACGGCCUGGCGGCAUAUGGCAUGCCAUAUGACACGGCACAUGGCAUGGCGUCAGUGCAGCAUUCGUCAAUACAGCAGGCAUUAAUGCAGCAGCCUGCCGCGCACCAAGCACCGGGGCAGCAGGGAGCGGGACAGCAGGCAGGGCUGCAGCAGCAGGGAAGUGGGCAGCAGCAGUGGUAUGAUGCAUGCAUGCAUGGGCAUGCGGCAGCAGGGAUGGCGGCAGGGCGAGCCAUGGGGUACGCACAGGCAGCGAUGCCAUGGGCUGUGCAGCACGGUGGGUGGUGGCAUGCUGCUAGAGCACACGCCAUGCUGGCAGCAGGGGGGGCGCCAGAGGAGGAAAAGGCAGUUUCUCAUGGUCUUGAUCCUGUGCAGGUUGCCCCUGCUGCUAAUGGGACAACUGACACUGCUCACACCGUUGACAUGACUGACAAGCCCAAGGAUUCAACUGGCGUGACAUCAGGAUGGAUUGAUGUGAAGGUAGAGUGCACGGACGUUACACCAAGCUUUACUGACAUAGGACCACAUUAUACUGACAUGACACCUGAUUUGACUGACAUGAAACCAGAGCUUAUUGACAUGGAUCUGGUUUCAGAUGAGUUGACUAACAUAGCACUGACAGCUGCUGACGUGGAGCCUAUAGCUGCUGACGUGAAAUCGAUAGCUGCUGAGAUGAAACGAGCUGCUGAUGUGACAACAGCAACUGCUGACGUAAAACAAGUGGCUGCUGACGUGAAACCGAUAGCUGCUGACUUAAAACCGAUGGCUGCUGACCUGGCUGUCCAGGAGUCAGUACCACCUGGAGCCUCUGACGUGGCUACGGGGCCAUGCGGUGCGGAUGCCAAGGCACAGCGAGAGCACAGCCUAAUUGACACGACCCGCUCCUUGACCCAGCAGCACAUGCCCGUUGAGGCGCCUCAAAAGUCCUUGCCCCAGCAGCACAUGGCUGUUGAGGCACCUCGAAAGCCCUUGCCCCAGCAGCACAUGCCCCCUGCCGUGGAGACUAAGGCGGAGGAUGUGGCAGUGCGUGGGCAGAGCUGGCAGAGCUGGCAGAGCUGCUCGCCUGUGGACCCUCCUCUGAGCCGCGUGCUGCAGCAGGUGGGUGAGUUGGAGGAACAAGGGCGGCAGUGCCUGCAGGGCCAGCAGCAGCAGCAGGAGCAGCAGCAGCAGCAGUGGGUGGAGCAGCAGAAGCAGGAGCAGCAACAGAAGCAGAAGCUGGAGCAACAGCAGCGGGUGGAGAAGCAGGAGCGGCGGCAGGAGGGGCGUGUUAGAGGGGGACGUGCGGAGAGGGAGUGUGGGAGGGGGAGGGGAUCAGGCGUGGAUGGCGAGGGGAAGAGGUGGGCCGAGGCAAGGCGGCCUUCCAAAAACGGAUUGCAAGGAGUUGCGGCUAUGGCACACGGGGAGGUGAGGGCUGGGGCGGCGGAGGAGGGGAAGCGGGAGGUGGUGGAAGGGGGAAAGCGGGAGGUGGUGGAAGGGGGAAACACGGAUGCAUUGCAGGGGGAGGAGCAGGGUCCAGUGCAGGUGAAGGCUGGAGAGGGAGAGAAAGGGGUUGGGGAUGUUGUGGGGCGCAGCGGGGCACAGGCAGGUGUGGUGGACGCGAAGGGAGGUUUGGCGAACGCGAAUGGUGGUUUGGCAGACGCGAAGGGAGGUUCGGCAGACGCGAAGGGAGGUUCGGUGAGAGGUGCGGCGGACGCGAAGGGAGGUGCGGCGGACGCGAAGGGAGGUGCGGCGGACACGAAGGGAGGUGCCGCGGUUGCGAAGGGAGGUUUGGCAGAUGCAAAGGGAAAUUCAGCAGACGCGAAGGGAGGUGUGGCAGACACGAAGGGAGGUUUGGCAGGCGCGAAGGGAGGCUUGACAGAUGAGAAGGGAGGUUCUGCGGAUGUGAAGAAAGGUUUGGCAGAUGCGAAGGGAGGCGUGGCGGACGCGCAAGGCAGGAAGGUGCGUGGGGGAGCAGGCAAGGCGCAGGAGAGGCUGAGGCGGUGGCAGCAGCAGCAGCAGCAGCAGCAGUUGCAGCAACAGCAGGAGCAGGGGCAGCAGCAGGCAGUGCAGGAGGGCAGGCAGGAUGAGGUGGUGGGGCAGGGCAAGGUGGAUGUGCAGAAGGCGGGUGAGAAGGCAAGUGGCGGAGACAAGGGCGUGAAGGCUGCGGAGGUGGCAGCAAAGUCAGAGUUGAGGGGGAGCGAUGGGGUAAGGAAGGGAGCCAGUGCGAAGGGGGAAGAGGAUGGCAAGAAGGGAGAGGACGCAAAGCAGGGAGAAGUUGGAAACAGGGGAGAGGACGCAAAACGGGAAGAAGUUGGAAACAGGGGAGAGAAUGCAAGAAAAGAAGCCACAGGCAGGGGAGUAGAAGCAAAAACGGGAGAGGUUGCGAGAGGAGAAAGAGAGCAGGUGGAAAGGAAGCAGGAGGGGAGGGUGGGCAUGGAUGGUGGGGUUGAAAAGCAGUGGGGCCUCCACGCGGAUUCUGGGUGCCAUGCAGUCGAAGCCCUCUCCGCUGGUGUUCCACCACCCACUGCUGCAGCAUCCCCUGCUGCUGCUGAUGCUGGUGCAGGCAGUAGUAGCACCCAUGGUGGUGCCGGCGGCAGUGCUAAUGGGCCGCCAGCAGCACAGCUGCAAGCACUGUCAACUGCAGCCCCUCAAACACCCUCUGUCACUGCUCCUCAACCCCCGUCAGCCACUGCUGCUCAACUCGCGUCAGCCACUGCUCCUCAACCCCCGUCAGCCACUGCCCCUCAAUCCCCCCCAACCACUGCUCCUCAAUCCCACCCACACCCUGCCGCCUCCCCCCUCGUGUCAACCCCUUCUCACGUUCUCUCGCCAUCACCUCACCUCUUGCCCUCAUCCUCCCUCAUGCCCCCCCACGCCUCCUCUCCCAUCCCCCCUUCCCCGCAUCCCUCCCUGCCACUCACCCAGUCCUCCUACCCAUCACCCUCUCCCGCCCCACAUGCCCCCUCCCCAGCCUCCCUCACGCCCUCCUCUUGGCCGUCCCCUGCUGCUCCUCUCCCGCCCUCGGCGCCCCCAUCUCGCCCCACGUUCAAGCUCAAGUGGAACGUGCGUGUCAUCCCUGCUGAUGCGCCCCCUCCCGCUGCUGACGCCCCCUCGUUUCCCACUGCACAUGCUGCUCCCUUUUCGCAUGCUGCUUCUGCUCAUACUGCUGCUGCUUAUACUUCUCAUGGUGCCAGCUCAGCUCAUGCCACCGGCUCAGCGAUGCCUCACAGCCUGCAUGCAGGUGGUGCAGCAGGGGAAACAGCAAGAGUGUGUGUGUCACAGUGGCAGGGCGAGAGGCAUGGGAGUCAAGGCGAGGGGCAUGGGUGGCAGAGCGAUGGGCAUCGGUGGCAGAGCGAGGGGCGUGGGAGGCAGGAGGCCGGCGGGGCAGUGGGGGAAGGGGAGGGGGAAGGGACAUGGAGGGUGGGAGAGGGCGAGGGGGGUGCAGGAGUGCAGGUUGGGGUGGCUGGUGACAUGGGCGUGCCCUCGUGUGGGGAGACUAGACGUGAAGACGUGGGGCAUGGGGAGGCGGGGAACGGGGAGGUGGGGCAUGGUGAGGUGGGGAUUGGGGAGGUGGGGUAUGAGGAGGACAUGGAGGUGGAUAUGGAAACAGAGGACUUAGGUGCGGACAUGGGCACAUGCAUGGAUACGGGCAUGGGUACGAGCGUGGGUGUGAGCACGGGUACAGACAUGGGUGCGGGCACAGGCACGCGCAUGGGCACAUGCACUGGCACGGGCAGCGGUGAGGAGGAGGACAUGGAUGUGGACAUGGACCUUAGUGACCUUAGCGACCUUGGCGACUGCUCUCAUGCUCCGCCACCACCUCAAGCGGCAGCAGGUGGGGCGGCAGCAGGUGGGGCGGCAGCAGGUGGGGCGGCAGCAGGUGGGGCGGCAGCAGGUGGGGCGGCAGCAGGUGGGGCGGCAGCAGGUGGGGCGGCAGCAGGUGGGGCGGCAGCAGGUGGUGCGGCAGCAGGUGGGCCGGCAGCAGGUGGGGCGGCAGCAGGUGUUGCAGAAGGUGGGCAUACAUGGGGUGAGGAAGUGGAAGAGGGAGCAGGAGGUGUGGGCGGCAAGGACGGUGGGAAGCAGGGCACGACAGCAGGAGCAGCAGAGGAGGCAGCAUCGGUUGGUGCAACAGCUGCGUGUGCAGCACAAGCCACGGAUCAUGUAUUGGCCCCACCACUCGCACCAGCCUCGUCAACCGUGGUAGCCCCACCAGCCUCGACAGCCCCGCCAAUGGCACCAGCAGCAUUGGCGUCGUCAGCAGCGGCGGCAUCUCCAGCAGCAGGGGCGGGCGCGCGGGUGGCAUUGGGUGGGUGCAUGGCAGGAGGAGCAUCUGCAGCAGCGGCUGCAACUGGCACGCGGGUGGCGUCGGGUGGGUGCAUGGCAGGGGGGCGGCGGUGGGCCACUCCGCUGUGCCGCGAGUUUGAAGUUGCGGUGAGAUGA